CAAAGGCUCGCAUGGCGACACCGGAGAGGAGGUCACGAUGGAUGGAGGGAGACGCGAGACCGGAGUAGGGAGGCGGGCGGCGAUGGUGAUUGUGGCGAUAGAGGAGGGGGUCGAGCGCAUGAGAGGAUAACUGCCUGUUUGCUCACUUUUGUCGUCUUGCUCCCCCUCCUGUCCGUUCACUUCCACUCGCCAGCGCUCAGACCUUUUCCGAGGGAUGGCUACCCAGGUCCCCACGUGAAGAGGAGCGACUCCGCGGCGCCCGAGAAGCAGGGAGAGACGGGAGGAAGGAGGCGGCGACACCGAGGCGGGGAGUUAAAAAAAAUAAGCAAACACCAGCGGGGACCGGAGGAGGAAGAGUGGAGGAGAGAUGUGGAUCUCCCACUGUAUUGAACCACAAGGAAAUGAGUCACUGAAAAGAAGAAAGGAGCAUUGAAGGGGAGCAAUAAACCUGGGGAAGUGAGAACAACAAAGGCUGAAUGACGUAGGCUGCUAUGGAGGGGCCAGUCCUGUCCAUAACUUGGCCGUCCUUCCUUCCACGGGCCUGGGGGACAAGGCAGGAGAGGUCGUCCAACUAAUGUGAUGGACACAAAACUGAUGGACAGGUUGCAUCCUCCCUGCUUAUUCACUGUUAAUCUCUCUGGCUCAAUCAGGAGUUUAUAUCCCGGGAAAAUCUAAGAAAAGCAGGAAUACGUAGCAACACAACAAUUUGGAAGCUGAAAGGAUAAAGAAUAUCAACGCAUAUAUUUAUAUAUAUUAUAAUAUAUUAUUUUUGUAUGUGUAGAACAGACUGGAUUCUAGCUACACACUUCUAGACAUUUUCUCACUUUGCGAUGUAAAUAUGGUAAUUCCAUAUUUUUGUGAGGAAAAUGUUAUUUUGUAACUGGAGCGCAGACAAGGAAUAACCAGUGCAUGAGCCAGUAGUUACCAUCCAGAGUACUCAUGUGGUUUUAGGAACUAUAAGGCCACUAUAGUGAUGUGCUGAUACAACCAGGCCUUCACAAUUUAAUCGGACUGCCUGCAAUGACUUUGGAUGUUGGGAGACAGUGAGAUGCAAGCGCAAUGGUAAGCAAAGAGCCCAACCACUUGCUGACGGGCCAAACCAACGGCAAGAGCGCCCUGGCGGAAAAGUCUGGGACCAUGACUGUACGCUCCGUGCUGCUCAAUCGUGACUCCCCGGACAUUGAAAGUCGCCUCAAGCGACGCCGCAAUCGCACCCACCAGGUCCGCUUUAAAGAUUUGGAAGAUGGGAGCAGCAGCAGUGGUAAUAGUGGAACAGGAGAGAACAGCAGCCAACCAAAGCCAACGGCAGACUGCAACAGCCCUCAUCCUCUCCGCAAACACAGCAGCAGGUCCCCUAAGCCGUGGACCGACAAGGAUGGACCACGAACAGACAGUCUCCCUGGUCAAACCUCUGUGGUGGGGGCAGUGCGUGGGGACAUGGCCAGUACCAUAGAGGUUGUGGCUGCUUUCUUGGCCAGGGCCCCUCGCCAUCCACUGACGCCAGGGCCCACACGUCGAUGCUGGGCACCGCCACAGACUAACUCGAUGACCUUGCCAAUGACACGCAAGCCCAGCACCAGCACAGCCAUCCAAACCUCACCAUGCCUGAAAAAGUCUCUCUCUUCCACGCACACACGUAGCCACAGCCUGGGUGAUUCUGUUGGCAUAGAUGGUGAUGAUGAACAUGACUCCCAAGAUGAGUACCUUUCACACAACCAUGUAGAGCUGCCCUGCUCAAAAAACCAGAAUGGUGCCCAGGGGUCUGCAGAUCAAACUGUGAUAGAACGGAGGUCAAAAUCCUCCAGGACAGACACUGUAUCAACUGUUGCUGUCUCAAAAAACUCCAGGCACAGCUGCCCUCCAUCAGUCCUUCACAGUACUGAGCCAACCCACUGUUCCUCUGCAUCCUGCCGAGAUGGCCCCAAGCGGCAGGGAAGCGUCACUCCUUCACUGGUCAGGAGGAGAAAGCGUCUGAAUAGGACAACAAGUGAUCCUGGAAAGGAAGUGCAUUACUGCACCACUCCUACUCAGACUGAGACCCCAAAUUCAACCUCAAAUACCAGGCUCUCCACCACUCAAAUUCAAACACAGUGUGCUGGUCUUUCAAAAUAUUGCACUACACAAAGUCAAACUGACAGUCUAAAUCGGACGUCACUUUUAAAAAACAAAACAUCUACAGUCCAGAUUAAGAACAGCGCCUCUCAUCCAGACACACUUUUAAAUGCUGCACAACGCACCACUCAUAUGCAAACAGACUCUCCCUGUUGUUUGCAAGAAAAAAGCCAUCCACCAUCCCAGACACAACCACCCAUCACCUGCACUUCUCCAACUCCACUUGAAACACCAGAAUCAGAGCAAAUCAAAUCGGAAAGUCCUGCACGGCCAAGUGUGUUACAGGACCCUUCCUCCACGCAAAUAACUACUGUGCCUUACUGUACAGAUCCCCCACCUACAACCCCACCAACACCGUCCCCUGAAGUAUGCACUGAGCCAUCUUGCUCCUCAUCAAUCGAUCCAGCAUGCGCCACCAAACCUACCCCUACGUCCCUGCCCGUUCCUUGCUCUGCGCCUACUGCGAUCCAGCACACCAUCCCGUACUAUACUCAUGUAAAACCACCAGCCACCACCACUGCACCGCUUGUUUGCUCCAGUCCAUCACCAGCACCACCAACAUUCCCAACCCAAAACUGCAUAUCCCCUACCUCAAACGUGGUAUCAUCACCUCCCUUUACCUGUCUUACCCCCUGUCCAACUGCUACCAUUAAUGUGACACCAUGUGACCCCAUGCACCAAACCACUGCUCUCAGUACAACACAUCCGCCACCACCACCACCAAAUACCUCACCCUCUACAAAUAUAAUACCAUGUACAAUAGUGACUCAGACUGCAUUAUCAUGCACCUCUAUCUCCUAUUAUUCGACUACACAUCCUGCUGGUCCGCAUGGGCCUCUCCAGAACGCUGCUACUCCUUCUUGUGCCACUCUCAUUCACACGGUAUCACACUGCAACAUCCCAUUUCAAGCUCUGCAAAAUUCCUCCUCCGUCAAAAUAGGCAUGGCGCCCUAUUCCUCUCCCGUCCCCAAACUAACAUCCACAUCGCCGCCUCCCCUCAUCAAGACAUAUCCCCCCAAUUUUUCAAACGCUUGUGCAACUCCAACAAAAGUUGUUCCUCUGUACUCGUCAAAAUUCAAGGCAGCGCCGCCAUACACGCCUCCCUCUCAGGCCCCCUUAAACGCUCAGGAUAAGAGGGGCAUUCGACUUCCACCUCCUGCACCACCACCGCCACCCUACACACCUCGCAAAACCGGAAACGAUCCACCAAGUACUGCAAUCGAAACACCUAUGCUCAGGGCAGACAUCAAGGCCAACGAGAAGGAUAAAGACAGGGAGGAGGAGAAAAAAGAAGCUAUAAAAUGUACGGACACACCAAAGCUCUGUGAGAGAGCCAACUCUCUUAAGAACAGAGCUAAAACCCCACCAGUUUGUGUGAUAAAGGGAGGAAGGCAGUCCUCUCCAUCUUCCCCCGCCAAAACCUGUUUUAAGCCCAGCUGUCUCAGCUCAGCCCAGGCUCAGCUUGGGGUACUACACAAAAUCCUUUGCGCAGGAGCCAACGCCUCCAACAGCCAACAUGCGCUCCCUCCAAACCAGCAGGGCUGCACCGGGGCAAAGGGUUGCACCGUUUCCCGGGAGAAGUCCCUGACUCCUACCCAGGCUGACACCUUAAGACAGGUGCAGGAAAUUCUUGGAGGGUUAGUAGCCGGGGCCAGAGGUAAAUUGGACCCGGCCCGAGUGACUGAGAAACUCCUCGGUCCCAACGGGCCCUUGCAUGAUAUUCGCAACCUGCAAACCCAGCUUCAGAGCUUGGAGGGGGUCCUGGAGACCAGCCAGAAUACCAUCAAGGUCCUGCUCGAUGUCAUCCAAGAUCUGGAGAAAAAAGAAGCUGAGAAAGAUGGGUCGGGGUCGCAUCUUUAUGCGGGGUCGUUCUCCCAGGAAGGCAGACGAAAAACUCCGGACGAAAGAGUGAGGUAGGAAUGAUUUAUUGUCCAUAAAUCAUUCAAAACACAAGAAUACCAAAAAACGUUCUGAUGGCAUAGGAGCUAUGGCGAAGCUUAGCACAUGAACUUGAAGUCAAGAAAACAAGGAAUACCCAAAGCAACUGUUGCAUUUGCAAACAAGGAAGCCAAACUGAGAGUGGUGAGCAAAGUGAAUAAAAAGCUCUUUGAUUAGUGGUUGACAGCAGCUGAGCAUGCCGACCACUAAGUGGAAGCAGGUGAAAACAAUAAGUAGCCAUGGCAAACAAACCAAACUCAGAGGUGUCACAAACAGGAACUAAAAGAGUCCAAAACUUACAGAAAAUAACAAAAACAUGAUCCGUACCACGGAUCAUGACACUAAUACAGUUAAGUCAUUUUGAUAGUAGGCUAAUUGUCAUGUUUGGUGAUCAUGUUUAGUUUGGCUAUGUUCUGUUUGGUUUUUGCACACUGUCAGUUCCUGUUUAUUCACUCCAUGUUUUUUCACUACCCAUCAGUUCACCUGUCCUCACGACUCACGCACCUGAUUCAUUUGAAAUCACGCACCUGUUUUCAAUCACCACAUCACCAUUUAAGCCUGUCAUUUUCUGUUGGUCGGCCUAGCGACAUCACACUCCUGACACUUUUGAUUGCUCACUUCUUGCCAUAAUUUCAUGCUUUUCACGUCGGAGUAAGUGUAGUUUUGGCUCCUUGUGUGUUAUCGAAUCAAUUUUAAACUCCUUUUAUUUGUUUUUAAAUGUCUAAACAACCUCUCGCCAACAUAUCUCUCCGACCGCCUUAAGCCUUACUGGCCCACUCGAUCCCUAAGAUCAGCCGAUCAGCUGCUACUGACGAUCCCUGACACAAGGCUGAAGCUUGGAGGUGACAGAGCUUUCGCUGCUGCUGCUCCCAAGCUCUGGAACGACCUACCUCUGAGUGUUAGACAAGCCUCCUCUCUUCCUGUUUUCAAAUGUCUCUUAAAAACAUACUUUUAUUCCUUGGCUUUUAACACUAAGUGAUAGCCAUCCUGAAGUGCCGCCCCAUUAUACACCUGCUGUGAACCUGUUUUUAUGUUUUAUUUAUUUAUUUCUUAUGUUCUGUUUGUGUUGUGUUGUUUGCUCGGUCUUUGUAUUAUCUUUUAACCUGUCCAUUGUACAGCCCUUUGGCUACCCCUGUGGUAAAUUGUAAAUGUGCUUUAUAAAUAAAGUUGAUUUGAUUUGAUUUGUUUCAUGUCCUUAGUCUGUUAAUGUGUUAGUUUUGUUCCUGCGUUAAGUUUGUUCCUCGCCU